UUAGUGUCAGUAGUUAGUUCAAACAGUUACUGCGGAAAGUUUGCCUUGUGUAUUUAUUAAAUGCACUGCAUCCCUCCUUGUGUGUGCGCUUGGAGUACAAUCCAUUUGGUUAUCAAGGCUAUUCUGUGAUCGAUUUACUACAAAGAUUACCAAAACUGAAUGUGCAAAGGGCAACCUUGAACUCUCCUAGGAGAAGUUAGACUAAGCAGAUUUGGAAUUUUUCAACGAGCAUUUACUACUAAGUGAGUCACCUGAUUGGGUUUUACCUCAAGGUGCAGUAGUCGCAGUAGAUUUGUUUGCUAGAAAAGCUAGAAAAUGAAUUACGAUGUUCUACUAAAUCGAACGUCUUUCGGACGCUUGAAUGUAAGCCAACAGAUACGAAGUACGUCCGAGAGUGAAGGUCAGCAAGCAGUCUAUCAGCAGCAAAACAGAAAUGAAACCCCGAAUAGAAAAAUAUCGGCCAACGGCAGAAUGAGUCUAGAAUGCAGUCCGGGGAGCAGCCGCAGCACGCCCACGCGAACGGGUUGUUCUGGAGUAGGAAACGGCAGUGAUGAAUUAAAAGGAAAAGUUGAGUCCAAGCUUUUGACCAUGUGGAAUAAUGUCAAGUUUGGUUGGACCGGGAAAAUUAAAACAAAUUUCUCAAAAGAACAACCGCUUUGGCUAUUGGGACGAUGCUAUCAUCAAAAAGCUACCCCCAUACCUUCGAUGGAAAGUUCUGUUGAACUCAGUAGCAACUUAGAAACAAACCAACUGGUCUUCGAAGGGGUACAACCCGCCGUGCAACUACAGGAACGAGCAUCGGAAAUAUUUGUGGAAUCUCCACCGGAAGAAACGGGUACAGAUGCUGCAGAGGACAUAAGCCCCGAUGCGACUGUUGAAGAGGAGGGCAUUGAGGCGUUUAAAAGAGAUUUUAUUUCGCGUCUUUGGAUGACUUACCGAAAAGAAUUUCAAACGAUGGAUGAUUCUAAUUACACUUCCGAUUGCGGCUGGGGCUGUAUGAUACGGUCUGGACAGAUGUUAUUAGCCCAAGGUCUUAUGAUACACUUCUUGGGUCGCAACUGGCGAUGGGAUUCCUCGGGUGAAAACCUUCGAUUAAAUUAUAACUCACUAAAUUAUGAGGACAGUAUUCAUCGCAAGAUAAUCCGUUGGUUCGGUGAUACUUCCUCUCGGACCAGCCCUUUUUCGAUACAUACAUUAGUUGCGCUCGGUAAAGAAACUGGUAAAAAGCCAGGCGAUUGGUAUGGUCCCGGAGCGGUUGCUCAUCUCAUCAGACAAGCGGUAAAACUCGGUGCUCAGGAAAUUGUUGAUCUUGAUGGGAUCAACGUAUACGUUGCGCAGGAUUGUGCUGUUUACAUUCAGGAUAUAAUUGACGAAUGCACGAUAUCGGCUGCUUCUAGCAUAGCACCGUGGCAGAAAAAAAUACCAUCAAAUUGUAGUCCCAACUCCUCAUCUAGUAACUCACCGUGCAUUAGCAAUACUAAAACUGCGAGCGGCCCCUUGCCAUCACAAGAGAACACGAGCGAUUGGAAAGCUCUGAUUUUGCUCGUGCCUUUACGUCUCGGAACGGAUAAACUGAACCCGAUCUAUAGCGAUUGUCUGAAAGCAAUGCUUAGUUUGGAUAAUUGCAUCGGGAUCAUUGGCGGAAGACCAAAGCAUUCGCUGUACUUCGUUGGCUAUCAAGAGGACAAACUAAUCCAUCUGGAUCCGCACUACUGUCAAGAUAUGGUGGAUGUGCAGCAGGAAAACUUCGCCGUAUCGUCGUUCCACUGCAAGUCGCCUAGAAAAAUGAAGCUCAGCAAAAUGGACCCAAGUUGCUGUAUUGGGUUUUACUGUGAAACUAGAAAGGACUUUUUCAAAUUUGUCGACAAUGUUAAACCGUUCCUUCUACCGGUGAAGCAAUCGAUGAGCAGCAGCUUUACCAGCUCAACCGGUUUGCAUCAGUUCAACGAAAUCACCUAUCCGAUGUUCGUGUUCUGUCGAGGCAAAAGCAGCGAGCAGCAGAUCGAUUUGCCCCAACGACCAAUCUACCGAUCCCCGCCAGUCCCACCGCCCCUUUCCACGUACCAUGCUUCUCAGUCGCAACAGUUGCAAGUUCAGGACGACGAUGACGAUGACGACGACGAAUCGAUUGAGUUCGUGAUAAUAUAAUUUCGACCUUCCACCACGAGAUGCAGUAGGCCCACAGUUACUUUACCCGCGCCACUUUUUCGCUACAAGAAUAUCGAAAUUUUCUACGAUUGGAAUCUGAUUAUUGCUGACAUUAGAGAUUAUUUGGUAAUGUUGCUACGAAUUGGUUUUCAUCGCUAGAUUUUACGUUCAUUUGGGAUGCAGUGUAAGAUCUUGCGUCCUAGGUAUGUACUAAAAACAAGACACGUAGCAUGUACUUAUAUUGAGGGAUACAGUAAGAUAUUAUGCAUAUUCUCCUAACUAUUAAUUUUAAAACGCUGCGUUCCGGGGGCUAUUGCGUAUAAUGUGCGCUACUUUAUGUCGUGAACGUUUUUCUUUUGUGCUCAAGCACGUUCGAUAAUAGUGCAAAUUAUUUAUUUAUGGAUAUAGUUAAUGUCAACGAACCAAUUAUUUGUUUUAUUUAAUUGGCAAUUGAUGCACACAAUCGGUUUCAUCUCAACAGGUGGCUAAGAAAAUAAAUCGCCCAUCAAAUCAUCAUGAUCGCAGAUUUCUAAUGUGUUUUUUUGUCUUUUGUGAUGUCCAUUAUGACACCAAUAUUUCGGUAUCAAUAUUUCUCGACAUAUUGUGCUCUAUAUUCAAAUCAAAAUUUAAUGUAUUUUAUUUUUUUUGGUAAGAUUAGUACCUACUAUGUGUAUUUUUUGCGCGAAGUUUACUAGCUUUUUGGCUGAACAGUUUUAUAUUUUAUUGGGAUGUACUUUUUAAAUACUUAAUUUAUUAUUUGUAAUUAAUUUCGAACUCGUGAAGGUUGAUCGGCGAUUUUUUGCACCAGAAAUAUUACUUUUUAUUGAGAGCUAUGCGCCAAUCCUCUUGUCGAAUGUAGAAUGAAUAUACGCAUUAUUUACUUAUUUAUAGUAUUGCUUCGCUUCCAUAUCCAUAUUAAUGUAGAAGAAGUUUCAUACAAAGAUUACGCGAUUGAUGUUAAGAUUAACUAUAUACAAUUAGUCAUCUGUAAUGCCACAUGCACU